GCAAGCCAGCAUUAAUGUAGCCGAGUAGCCUACAUUCGCAAGUAAGCUAGCUAGCUUCCUACAAAAUUAGGUCGACAUUACAUAGUCCUUUACAGUAUUAUUGUGGAAAUGUAACGAGGCCGCUCGUCGAAUCUAUGGAUUCAAGCGCACAGCCCCUCGUCGCAGUUUUAUGGAGGGACGGCCGCGUUAAUAAAAGGACACACACCGGCUGUUGCAACAAACUGUAGCUGGCUUACAGUAAGUUAGCUUGUGGCUAUUGGACUACAGACCACAGGCUAGGUUGGCGACCAUUACUGAAGAGAAGACCGGCUGUGGAUCUACUUGUGCCACCCGGUUACCAUAACAGGAGGCACGGUGUGAUCGCUGGCCUAUGAGGAAGCCACGCCGAAAAGGCCAUGUGGCCCCAGGAAGUGGAGCGGAUGCCGAAAAGUCCAAGACGACACCGGCCAGCGGUCGUGGCGGCGGGGGCGGCACCCGCCAGCGAUCCCCAUCCCCUUACAGCCUCAAAGCGGCUCCAAGCAGAGAGACACUGAGCUACGCACAGGCCCAGAAGGUCGUGGAGGUGGAGCUUGAAGGUCGGCUUCACCGGAUCUCCGUUUUAGAACCCUUGGUUGUCAUAACAGAGGACGAGAUGACGGCACAGGACAUCAGCGAGUGCAACAGCAACAAGGAGAACAGUGAGCAGCCGUCGCCUCCCGUCAGCACGCCGCAGACUGUCAGCAAACCCGCCGUGUCGUCACGUGGCCGUUGGAAAGACUCCAAAUCUAAAACGCCUUUCAAGUCACCGCAAACGUCAAAGAACCACUGCGCCCGCGCUCAAAUGCCGGAAAAACUGAAUGCAACACACAAUCACCUUACACCCCUCCCUGAGCCUUCUUUUCGUGUCGUGGAGACUUUCAUCCCUGCCGAGACGCCUCCUCUGCCCACGGCGUACUACCGCUACAUCGAACGCUCAACAGAAGAGCAGGAAGCUGUAGCGGAGUACGACAUGGACGAAGAAGACACCGCUUGGCUGGAGAUGGUCAACAAUGGACGGCGAGCGGACGGCUGCUCUCCGCUCUCCCCAGAUGUCUUUGAGCUGCUGGUGGACCGCCUGGAGGACGAGUCAUACCGGGAGGCACGGACCCGGGUGCCGUCUCAGAACAUCGACGAUGACGCCUUCUGCUGCGUGUGCCUGGACGACGAGUGCCUCAAUAGCAACGUCAUCCUCUUCUGUGACGCGUGCAACCUAGCCGUGCACCAGGAAUGCUACGGCGUUCCUUACAUCCCGGAGGGCCAGUGGCUGUGCCGCUGCUGCCUUCAGUCCCCACAGAAACCCACUGACUGCGUCCUUUGCCCCAAUAGAGGCGGCGCCUUUAAGCAAACCAGCGACGGACGCUGGGCACAUGUCGUCUGCGCUAUAUGGAUCCCUGAAGUCUGUUUUGCUAAUACGGUCUUUCUGGAGCCGGUGGAAGGAGUCAAUAACAUUCCUCCAGCACGCUGGAAGCUAACUUGCUACCUGUGUAAGCAGAAGGGCCGCGGGGCGUCCAUCCAGUGCCACAAGGCCAACUGCUACACGGCCUUUCACGUCACAUGUGCACAGCGCGCCGGCCUGUUCAUGAAGAUCGACCCGGUGCGAGAGACGAGUGUAAACGGGACUACAUUCUCCGUGAAGAAAACGGCGUUCUGCGAGACUCAUUCGCCCGCCAGCCAGGACGCCACCUCCGAUGAGGAGAACGAAGGACGUGUGGUGGGGAGCCGGGGGAGGGCCAGCCGAGGACGGAGCGCCUACACGGACGGUCCUGCUACGCCGAAGAAAGGCAGAAAAUCCGAGGCUGACGGCAAGGCAGACAAAAAGAAAGGGAAGAAGGACACGGCGUCCACAACACUAAACACGUCUUCUCCACAAGUCAUAGUGCCUGAAAUACCCACAAGCAGGUUGAACGCCAUCAGCAAAGGUAUCAUUUUCCAAAAGAAGAACCAGUUCAUACAGAGGCUGCAUAGUUACUGGCUACUGAAGCGUCAGUCCCGCAACGGUGUGCCACUUGUGCGCCGUUUGCACUCAAACAUCCAGUCCCAACGGAACACUGAACAGGUCAGCCCCAGAAUUCACAGUUACAUUUUUAAGCUAUUUUUCCACCCAUGUUGCAUGUUCUUUAUCGUAAUAAUUUCCAGUAAUUGGAUUCGUUUUAUCGAGCAAAUUUUAUUUUGGCAGCCGGAGGUGGAUGAAAAAGUGUCUGCUGCCAGAGAAGCGCUGAGAUAUUGGCAGAAGCUUCGGCACGACUUAGAGAAGGCCAGACUGCUGGUGGAACUCAUCCGUAAGAGGGAGAAACUCAAACGAGAACAGAUCAAAGUCCAUCAGGCGGCUCUGGAGAUGCAGCUGACCCCAAUGCUGUUGUUACUUCGCUCAACCCUGGACCAACUGCAGGAGAAGGACACGGCCCAGAUCUUUGCAGAGCCAGUCGACACCACGGAGGUCCCAGACUACCUUGAGUUCAUAAGCCAGCCCAUGGACUUCUCCACCAUGCGCUCAAAGCUCGAAAGUCACGCCUACCGCUGCGUGGCUGACCUGGAUGCCGACUUCACCCUGAUGGUGUCCAACUGCCUCCUGUACAACACCAAGGACACGGUCUUCCACCGGGCCGCACUACGUCUCCGGGACCUUGGGGGAGCCGUUUUGCGCCAUGCACAGCGACAGGCCACCAGCACGGGCCUGGAGGCCAACUCGGGCAUGCAUCUGCCUGAGUCGCCGCAGAAGCGGGAGUUUUACAGCUGUACAUGGGAGGAUGUGGACAGCGUGCUGGACCCUGAUAAUCGGCUCCAUAUGAGUGUGGAGGAGCAGCUGAAGGAGCUUCUGGACAAGCUGGACUUUGUCAGCUCGAUGCGUUGCAGUGGCGCUCGCACCCGUCGCAUGCGACUGCUCCGCCGCGAAAUCAACAGCAUUCGGUACCGGCAAGGACAGCAGCAUCGCUAUGGUCUUCACAACGGGCGUGUCAAAGAAGACAGCACUGAAGAGGAGGAGGAGGAGGAGGAGGAGGAGGAUGACAAGGCAGAUGUGGUCAAGACAGAAAACGGCCUUGCGUCCUUAGACAAAGAAGACAUCAAACCCGCCUCUCCCCCGACACUGGAACCUACCGGGCCGGCCCCUCCUCCCCGGCUAGGAGACGCACCCCUGGAGCCUCCCACACUUCGUCCCAUCACGAAGCAGCCCCCGCCACACACCAGCUGGCUCUGCAAACGGCUAAAGUUGGAGGACGACAGCAACGCCGCAGAGGAUAUUGUUUGCACUAAAACCCAAGAGGCGUCGCCGUCAUCGCCGCCGAGUUUGCACAGUGACGGGUCGGCGGUGGGUAACGGGCUGUCGGAUCAUUGCACCCCCACGCGGCCCAUCACCGGCGGGGUUGGACGACGGACGUCUGUGUUGUUCAAAAAGGCAAAAAAUGGCGCCAAGCUGUCGAAAGAGCGAGACGACGGUCCUUUGUCCAAUGGGAAUGCAGCACAGGACGACAGUUCGAGCGCCUCCCUCAGCUCACCCGACACCCCCUCGACUACACCUUUGUCCACGCCCACCAAAACCCCUGAAAAAGCCAUAGCACCACCCUGCCUAAAUGACCAAUGGAGCGCUGGUCAAGAUAUGAGCUCAGAUGGAGAACCAGACAGAAUGCCAAAUAAUAAAUCUGGACUGACCAACGGCUUCGACAAGCACAAAGAUGACUGCGGGUCCGAUCGAGACGACGUCCCCUGUCCGGUGCUCCGCAAAGAAAUACAUGGUGUCUCACCACCCAAACGAAGCCUCGGGAAGCCCGCUCUAUCCAAAGUUCCCUUCCUGGACAUCGUUAAUGGAGACGCUGACUACACAGGUAACGGCAGCCAUACAUCAGAGGAUGAGACAGAGCUGGAACCCCUGGAUCUGGUUUGGGCCAAAUGUCGUGGAUAUCCUUCCUACCCAGCCCUGAUCAUCGACCCGGAGAUGCCGGAGGAGGGCUUGCUGCUCAACGGGGUGCCCAUCCCUGUGCCCCCGAAAGACGUCCUCCGCUUGGGGGACCAGAGGCAGGAGGAGACCAGCCAGAGGCUCUACCUGGUGCUCUUCUUUGAUAACAAGCGCACAUGGCAGUGGCUCCCCCGUGACAAGCUAACACCUCUGGGCAUCGACGACACAGCCGACAAGCUGCGCAUCAUGGAGGGCCGCAAACCCAGCAUCCGCAAGUCCGUACAGGUGGCGUUCGACCGGGCCAUGAUCCACCAGAGCAGAGUCAGCCACAGCCAAGGCUUUGUCACCUCCAACUUCCUGUAGACCCCUUCCAAAAAGUGGCUACCCCCACGCCCCAACCCUACACCCUGUUACCCUGGGUAUGCUGACAUGCAAGUGAGUCCAAACGUGUGUGUGUGUGUGUGUGUGUGUGUGUGAUGCUGACCUGCCAAGAAGCCGCAAGAGAAGAGAAAUUGAAAUAUUUAUGAAAUUGCAGAGGACCUAUGAACGGAUCACUGCCAUCUUUGAUACAAUAGUUUUUUAUCACAUUUUAAUCUUUUACAGAUACACUUGUACAGUACAAAGGUACACGUUGUGUACAUUAUGUGUGUAUGACAAAAAUCUCAUUUUAUGUUGCUAUUUUUCUUUUGAAAUGCGUUUUUCAAUCAGGCCAAUUAGGCAACGUUAUGCUGUUUAUAUUGUAUGUGUGUGUGUGUAGUGUGUGUGUAUAUAUAUAUGUAUAUACUAUAUAUACACACACUACACAUGCGUUUGUUUAUUAAUGAUGAAAUUCUCUCUUUUUUGAUACAAAGAGAAAUAAUUUAUUUAUGGAGGACGGAGCUUAUAGAAAUAAAUUUAUAUUGGUAAAAAGCAAGAAUUUUAAAUUGUAUAUUUAAAAAAAAUUGUGAGACUUUUAAUAAGAAAUGAAAAAGAAACACAUUUUAACAGGCAAAGUUAUACAUUUUAGUUAUUUUUAACAAGACCCCCCCCCCCCCAACCCCAACCCAUUGCUCCACCCUGACCAGCUAUUUAUUAAAAGCUAUCAUAAACAUACACCUUUUUAUAAGCUUAUGUGCCACUUGCAUAUUUUAAACUCACCAAAUACUUUUGUUGGAAUCAAUUAUUUCCUCGUGGGGGAAAUAAAUGCUCUAUUAAAACAUUUUGGAAUAUGGAA